AUGCCCACCACUGCGAAGCCCAAGGCUGAAGGUGGAGCGGCGAAACCUGGCAGAAAGCCAAAGGAUCCCGCAGCCGCGACGAAAAAAGGAGUGAAAGCGACUAAGAAGGAGAAUGCUUUGAAUGCGGCUGUUGAGUCUACUGUUGGCUCUGGGAAUGAUGCUGCUAUUGCUCCCGCAACCGCGCCCGCGCCGGCUGCCGCUGAAGUGAUGGCAAAUUAG